AUGUCUGAGGCACAGGGGAAAGGAGCUGCGGUUACAGAGGGAAACGUAUCAGAGGUCACUCCAGGACACGUGCCCACUCAUCCUCAACAGGCACAAGAUGUAGCAUCUGCGUCUACUCCUGUGGCCUCCAUACAGCCUCCUGUCACCACAGCAACCGAGGAUGAGGAUGAAAGUGAAGAUGAGUCAGAGAUCCUGGAGGAGAGUCCCUGUGGUCGGUGGCAGAAACGCAGAGAGGAGGUAACCUUUGCUUUAUGGGAAGUUAGGAUUACGAGACUCAACACAAUAGUCUGUUUGAAAGACCUAACCCUGACCAAUAACUCAGUAGUCUUCACCUGGACGCCCCUUACUGUUUACAUGCAUACUAUUUUACUAUUUUUAGUGUAUAUAGUGUACAUACUUGUAUAUUACCUCUUUAUUUUUACUUAUUGUAUCUAUUAUCUCCUUUUUCUACUUUAUUUGCACUGGAGUUACUGUGACAAAAAGCAGUUUCUCCCUGGGGAUUAUAAAGUAUUUCUGAUUUUGAUUCUGAAUAACUCUACAGCUCAACAAAAUGAUUGGAUGCAACAAUAUUGUGUGACAGAAUUACGCCUGCUGUUUAAAGUUUAGUGACAUGAUUUUGAUCAUCUCUGUAACUGAUCAACCUUUUAUGUUUACUGCUGGAGUUUUUUUUUUACAGUUUUUAAAGGGGAGGCAACAAAAAUAUCCAUGAGGUCCCAGACUAAAUUCACCUAUGACAGGUCACUUAGCUGACAUGACAUAUGCCAGUGGUACUGAAGCAUUUGUUCGUAGCUCAGCAUUGGAUGCAGGUGGUUCUGUAGCAUGUCACUAGUCAUUGGACCAGUUUGUCAGUCAGUGAUGUGCCAUCUGAGUGCCUUCACUAUUUUUUUGUCGAAACAGACAAUGUAGAUGCAAUAGAGUGCUGUAAGUAAAGUAAUGCGAGAUUUUCUUAUUCUACUUUUUUUUAAUCUACACAUGGUGGUUUCUGUAAUGUCCUAAAAGUAAUUCUGCUGUUAGCCUAGCCACCAAAGACAACCGAAGUAGCUGAUAACAGGUAAACUGCUGUGCUGCUACACAUAAUAACAACCUUUAGAUUGAUAACCUGUGAUUUUAAUGUGAUGUUGGCAGGUUUUACAUGGAUAUUUAUAAUCAGGAGAGAUGUUGAGCUGAUUGUCAGGAUGUAAUGUGAGAUCGCAGUUUAGUCUAACAGGCUAGCCAUUGGCUUUGGCAAAGUUACUUUUAUGAUAUAUCGCUGAAGUACCAAACAAACAUACUUUAUAAUAAUAAACAUUCAAUUAUUUACAUCAGUAUGUUGCAUUUACACUUUUAAGUGGGAUAUAACUGAGGGCAUUAGCACAUCAGUCCACUGACAAGCAGCAGCGUAUCGUGUGGUCACUUGGCGGCAUAUGGUGCUGACCUUUCCAUUCUUUUGUCACUACAAAUAUGUUAUUCAAGUAUGUCUGCUGUUUACUCGGAUUACCUUUUUUUGCGUUGUAUCAUUGUUUAAACUUUAAUUGAUGUUCUUUUCCAUACUGCUGCAGGUGAAUCAGCGUAAUGUCCCAGGUAUAGAUGCUGCAUACUUGGCCAUGGACACCGAGGAAGGUGUGGAGGUAGUCUGGAAUGAAGUCAUGAUCUCAGAGAGGAAGAACUUCAAACUGCUGGAGGUGAGGCACAGUCGAGGAAUCGUGCGAGAUAGUCAGUUUGUCAUAAAGCCCUCACUGGGGGUUUAAUUUAAGGUAUAUUUUCAUCAUUUGUCCCAGUGGUUAUAUAAAUAGCUAUUUUCUUAAACUUCUUUUACUUUGUUACAAACAAAAGAAAGUGAUAAGAAAUAGCUUGUCUCAUUGUUCAAUGUGAAAAAGGAGUUAUAUGUACCCGAAACAAAAGCUCUUCACUGCCUUUAUCAUCAUGUCCCCUCAAUGGAAAAUGUUUGGACAUAUAUAAGGCUCCAGAGUUUCAUCAAAACCCAGAAUUCACAUCCAACCUCCAUUAAUAUACUCUUAAUGGUACAUCAUAAUCUGCCAUACUUUUUUUUUUAUUAUUUUACAAAAAGAUCAAGUUGCUCCCAAGGAAACCAUUUCUGUCUUAUUGGAAAUCAUUAUAAUUUCUCACCAUGGGGUGACAUUGGGCACAGUGGCAGAUGUACAAAGGCUAUAGUCCUCUUCCCAGCAGUCACUGCGUGUGCUUCACACUCUGCUCCCCACAUUUCUAUUCUCUUUUCAGCUGUCCUCGCCAAUAAAGGCACAAAAAAAAAAACCUCCUGUAACGAUUUGCUUUGGAUUUUUGGCAGGUCUUAAUUAAAGCUGUUAAUGUGAUUAACGUUUUAAAGAACAUACUGUAGCUGCUUUUGUGUAUUAGUACUCAACCACCAAGACUCAAAGUUUUCACCAGUUGUUUUUGAAGAUAAAGAUCAGAUGGUCUAAGCUACACAACAACCUGGGACAACAACAAGAAGUUGGUUCUUCACUUUGUCCUGAUGUGAUGGUCUUCCAUAAAUAUAAUCUACUGCUGUUGUCCAGAAGAGUCAGUAGAAAAAAAUAUGAUGCAUUUCUGUUUAAAAGGUUUUAUGUGUUUACAUUUUCUGUUUCAUCUCCUUUGGAUUUUAGGAGAAAGUGAAAGCAGUUUUCGAUAAUCUGAUUCAUUUGGAACACGCUAACAUUGUCAAGUUUCACAAGUACUGGGCUGACACAAAGGAGAACCGAGCCAGGGUGAGUCUCUGACCAGCAAAACACAAACUGGUGUCUUAAGACUGGAGACACUGGCUUGUUAUUGAAUCUUUGAUAAUUUCUUUUGUCUUCAAAAUGAUAAAAAUAAGCCAUCUAUUCUUUGAUUACUCAUUUAACGACCCAUCGUUUCUUCCUGCUCCUCAGGUGAUUUUCAUCACAGAGUACAUGUCAUCGGGAAGUUUGAAGCAGUUUCUGAAGAAGACAAAAAAGAAUCACAAAACCAUGAAUGAAAAGGUAUUUCCUGAAUACCAAAGAAAGGAUCAAUAAUCUUGUAAAUAAGUUACCUGAGAAAAAAAAAUGUUUUUUUGUUGUUAUUCCCCACUUUGAAAGUCAAAGCUUCAUACUGAUAAAAGUUUAAUAAGCUCUCUGAUACUGUGUAUGGUCCCACAGGCCUGGAAGAGAUGGUGCACACAGAUCCUGUCUGCUCUCAGGUUGGUUUUCCCUUUUUUACACAGUCCAACAAGUCUAACUCUUCUUUAAAUGCUCUUCGAUAAUAAACCACCCGAGUUUGUUUGUUUCGGUUCUUUGUUUUCUGUACUGCAGCUACCUCCAUUCAUGUGACCCUCCUAUCAUCCAUGGCAACCUGACCUGUGACACCAUUUUCAUCCAACACAAUGGGCUCAUUAAGAUCGGAUCAGGUACAGAUCUACACAGGUUUCAUACGAGACAGUAAUGGUGCUGGAGCUAAAGAAAGUAGAAUGCUGAAUGAAGAGUUUGUUGACUGAAAAGUUCACAUAGUUUUACAGUCAUUUUCUGUGGUUGCCCAGCACCAGUUAGUGUCAUCGAACACUUUCUUAAAACUCAAGACAAAAAUGAGGAAAUAUAUGUCUUCACAUGUAACUGUGUAAGUCAAAGGUGCUAUUCAUAAAUCCUUAUUGUGUGAACUGUCAGUCAAGUGCAGCUGGACUACAAGCUUUCUUGUGCAAAUUCCCAUCAGUUAAGACAGCUCUAAACUUGUAGGGCUCCAUUUUCGUGCCUCGCCGGUGAGGCGACGGAGGGUGGCGGACCCCGCGCAGUUGUAUUUUCAUCUGGCGGAGCCCGGCGUACAGCCAGUUUGGUAUUUUCGUGGACUGAUGCGCACGGAGGCGAACCGAGAUCCGCCAAGCUGGGCGUGGUGGCGUGGCGGCGUGGCAGGGGGAGGUGUCAACAGAAUCAGCGGGCGCAGUGACAUUUUCGUGCUCGCCAGUGGCGUGUAAAGUGCGCUGAAAGCUCGCUGAUUCAAACCUGGUCAGCUUUCAGCGCAGGCGGAGCGCAGCUGGUCUAGUAGUAUUUUGGUAGACCGGCGGCGUAUCGGCAUACGUCACUGAUGCCUCACCGGCAGGUUUCCACAGUGUCAGGCACAUUUCAGUGCAAUAAAUAAUCAUCAUCAACUAUUAAUCUGAGUCAGCACAUACAUUUAGAUCUAUAUCGAUAUAUUCUGAUCUAUAUCUGAUCUGAUGAGCGCAUUUGGCACGCGUUUGGACACACAACCUGACAGAAUCAACACAGCUGAAACCGCAUUAAAUUAAAUUAAAUAUCUAGUAAAUAGACACACAUGAUGAAGUCAACAAGAUAUUUAAUGUGUCUCCCUCCUUAUCUUUCUCCCUCCUUCUCUUAUUUUUCACGCAGCUCGACCUGGACAUGUCUCUGUGUCCUCUCUCCGUCCUGCAGCAGCAGCAGCAGCUGUGGCGGCUGAACAGAUGAUUUGUUUCAGUGCUCAGAUGAGUUAUCUACUUUAAGCCGACAUACGGAUAUUAUAAUAUUCAGUUUUGUGAGCCAAAUUUGUUUUAUAUGCCAACAUCUAUGAAAGAAAGAGCCAGGCCACAGAGCGCGAUGCGUCAUUUACGCACAGAUGGUUCCGAUUUUAAUGCCAUUUUUGGAGUUAAUGUUGUGAUCUGUGCGCUCAACCCACCUUUGUCACGUGAGGUUUGAAUAUAUGCAACUUUAUGUGAGUGUCUUUAUUUGUGGAAAAAGGUGUUUUUCUUACCAAUGGGUCCAACAUUACACACACCAAAUCCAUCUGUGCUCAUAUCAGAGAGUGUGGAGGACGCCCAAUGCAGCGUUUACGGUGACACUUGUUGAGGAGCUGCCCUCUGUCGCCAUCUUGUGGCAUGACUGUCCUCAGACAUCUCUUGAUCUCUUUGACUACUUCCCGAAAAUAGUAAUACACCUCGCCGGUGGCGGAUUUAAAGGCAAGGAGAGGAGCUCAUGUGAUUGGUGAAAACAGGUCUCGGCUGUGUUAAACCCACUACACGCCCUGUCUCCUCCCUCGCUACGACUUACGCCGCUGGGAGGAGCUGAGUUAGGGAGAGGGGAUACUUACGCCGGGCUGCGCUGCUCACCAAAAUACCAAAUUGUGCUUGGGAAUGCCUUGUCGGCGCGGCGGACCUGACUUACGCCGCGCCUGCGGCACCUCUCCGGCGAGGCACGAAAAUAGAGCCCGUAGUGUAGACUGUAGUGAAGAACAUAUUGAUAAUUUCUCCAGACUUUUGCUUUGUACUCACUUCAUACUCAUUUCCUGUUAUCUGUCGUUCAUAAUUUGUCCUUUUGACUCAUUUGCAGUUGCUCCAGACACCAUAAACAGCCAUGUAAAGACGUGUCAUGAGGAGCAGAAGAACAUGCACUUUUAUGCUCCAGAAUAUGGAGGUAAACAAAACUUAUACCAUGUAUUAGUCACGUCUGCCCUGACCUCCAGAAAAAUUAGAAAACAAACUACAUAUUAAAAGGCUGUCUUAGAGUAUUACUGUUUUAUCCAUGUGACAUAUAUUGUUGAUCCAUCGUGUACGUUGUGUGAAAACAAAACAGAGUAAUAGCAUGGUGUGCAGUGCAUGUUUCAGAUGAGCAUUUUGUUCCUUCCUUUGUAACACCAUUUCAGACUUUCACUGUAACAUUUUUGAAUGUUCUGGCCAAACAUUUAAUGCCAACUUCAGUUGUGUGGACAAAGAAUCUCAAUCCUGAAGGCAUAGUUUGGUUUAAAAUGAAAAAAAUCCUUUGGUCUGAGACUCAGCCAUAAUAAAUUUGUUAGUUUGUGUUUCUCUUCUGAAAUAUAUUUAAGUAUAUCACCAUUUCAAAUCUUUAUGAUCUGAGUAUGAGAUAAUGACUCAGACAGGUUAUGAUUUUAAAUGAUUUAUUCGUAAUUACAGCUGAUGAUGACGUCACCACAGCUGUAGACAUCUACUCAUUCGGCAUGUGUGCCUUAGAGGUGAGACGAGACUCAUGAUGAACGAUAGAAACGCCUGUUCUGUCCAAAUGUUGAGUGUCGGUGUGACUGUUUUGUGUGUUUCAGAUGGCACUCUUAGAGAUCCAGGGGAAUGGAGAGUCCUCCUACGUUUCUCAGGAGGCCAUCAACAAUGCAAUCCAGUUAUUGGAAGACCCGCUGCAGAGGGUAAGAUGAAGAAAGGACUCUCAUAUAGGUUUAUAUUCUUUAAGUAUAUGGAAAUAGCAUACACCAUAGGCUGUUUACAUUAUCACUGGUUAAGUUAUGCCUCACAUCCCCAUUUGAUAUGCAUGUCACUUUUGCAGAAAUGUGAGACAUAAUGUUUGUUUUUAUGCAGGAGUUAAUCGAGAAGUGCCUCGAGUGUGACCCCGGUACAAGGCCUACAGCCCGAGAGAUGCUGUUUAAUCAGGCUCUGUUCGAAGUGCCGCUGCUGAAACUCCUGGCUGCACAUUGUAUCGUCAGUAAUCAACGUGAGUCUUUGCCUUGAGAAUACAAAAAUAUUGAGACACAGAUCAAAAGUUUGAACCAUAGUGUGUGUAGAAAACGUGGAGGAAGAGUCUUGGUUUAAAAUUACAACCAACACAGAUGCUCUUCAAACUUACGUUUCCUCUGAUGACCAGAAGGGGGCGACUCUCUCAUUUCCAAACACAGGACUGAUUUAGUAGAUCAGUAAAUAAUUUUCUAAUAUGCUUUUGAUCUUAACCAAAGGUUUGGAGUCACCUUAUUUGGUAAAUUAUAUUUGCAUGUGAAGUAAAGUGGACACUAAAGCUGGUCAUUUUGGCUGGGUGGCCAACUGUUAAUGACAGCUCACUGACACGGCACCUUUUUCACAAAGAUAAAGCCCAGAACAUCCACAUGUGAUCACAGGUUUCUUUUUAGCAAAUCAAGACACGCCAAGAUUUUGCAGUUUGAAGAUAAUUAAAAGACCAAUGAGUGAUGAUUACAUCUACAGCUUUCAUAAUCUCCAUGGCAUGGACUUGUUUUAAGAGAAAUUAAGUUGAGUAGAAAUUAGUUAAUAAGACCAAAAAAAAAAAAAAAAGAUGUUUAUUACUUUUAUUUGAACUUGCUAACUGGCUGUGUUGACGUUCUUUUUCUCACAAUAUAAUCUGAUAUCAGCAAUCAUGACAUGAAUUUAUAAAUUGAAGAAAAUUCUCCUAAAAGUCAGUGUCACUGAAUCGACUCUGUAUGGUUUAUAAUUUUCCAGAUAUGAUCCCUGAGAACGCCCUGGAAGAGAUUACCAAGAACCUGGACCCUAACCUCGUCAUUGCUGAGACAAAAGAGGACGUCCAGCUCAAGUAAGAUGGUUUCCACAGUUUAUUGUCAACCUGCUUGUAGCGCUCUAACAUAGCAGUUAUUAGUAUUUCAGUAACAACAGACAAAUUUAUGUUUGUUUUUUUGGACUUUGAAAUAUAGCACUUUUGGUUUACUUUAUGUGCAGGAGAGAGAAUUGAAAGACGUAAAAUAGACUCUGAUAUUGUUUGAAAAUUACCAACUUAUAUUUUAGUGAUUUCAUAUAACCCUGAAAAAUAAAGAAGUCUUCUACAGUUUUCAGAGUGUUUCAAGAAUUAUCUUAUUUAGAAACUUGUGAUAAAAAGAUUUUAAACUGUUUUAAAAUAAAUUCCCUUUUUUCUAGGCUAUCACAGUUUCCUGCAUUAGAGCUUGAUAAAUUCCUGGAGGAUGUGAGGUAAGACAUGAAGAAGUUGUCUGUACACAAUACGACCAGGCCACAUGGGGGCAGUAUUGGUCCAUCUGUUUAUUGUUAGUCUUCAGUCGUCUUAUGAUAAUUUGUUUCUUAAUAUGGUUUAAUGACCUUCCUAGAAAAACAGUCAAUGCCCCAAAGUUAUUUUUGCUGUUCAGUUGUAACAGCUGCUCUGUGUUUGAACUUCAAGUAUCCAACUCUUAAUGUAUUUCAUCAUGUUUGAUUUAAUCCAGUGUUAUAGUAAGAACCUUCAAGAGUUGUAUUAAUCAAACUGUCUUUCUUCACUAUCAUGCCAGGUUUUGUUUUCUUAUUUUUUUAAUUCUUUUUUAUAAUUCUUUUUUUAGGUUUACGUUUUUCAUUCACAUUUUUCACUUCACAUACCCAUUAAUUAUUCUCCGUUUUUUAUUACAUUAUAUAAUCCCCAUCUGCUCUUUAUUUAAUCUCUCUACCUGUUUACCUUCCUCUUGUUUUAUCUCUCUAUCCUAAUUUCACCAACAAUCCCUCUCUUUGUGUCCUUCCUCCUGCGGUGGUCAGGAAUGGUAUUUAUCCCAUGACAGCGUUCGGGGUGCCCUGUCCGCAGCAGCCUCAGCCUGAGACUGUUAAAUCUCCCGUUAUCAUCCCAUUGGUCAAAUCUCCCACACCUGAACCUGCAGAGGUGGAAACAAGGCGGGUGCGUACGACAUCUUAUCCUAAAUAUUAUCAAAUGAAGACUCAGUCACAAAAAUGCUGUGUUAUCCAUCCCAACUUUGAGCUUUCUUGGGUUUCACGAUCAGUACUUGAAUCAAGAAAUAUUUCAUGUAGUUAGUGCAAUAAAGCAAUGAUCUAAAAAUGAACUUGUGUUGCUAUAGAGCUGUGCUUAUUUAGCUCUCUGCUCUUUUUCUACAGGUCGUCCAUAUGCAGUGUAAUGUUGAACCGGUGGAGGAGGGAGGAAAAUUUCAUGUAAGUCUCUGUCAAACAUUUUGAUGUUAUUGUUGUAAAUAAGUUACUGUUGAACUGAUUCACUGUGCAAAGUAAAAAUAUGAGCGAGUUAUUGACCAACAUUGAGGACCAGUCCUUAACUCAAUCAAACGUUAGAAAUAAACCAUUCAAAACUCUCUCUUGUCUUUCUCCUACCAGCUCACGUUGCUGCUGAAACUGGAGGAUAAACUAAACAGACAUCUGAGCUGUGAUAUGCUACCUCGUAAGACCACACACUCUUGACGUAUAGAUGCAGCCAUUAGCUGUGUUAUAGUGAACCCACACACUAGAGUUAGCCUGGAACUGUAAGUGACGAUGCGUUGCAACUAAUCAGAGUUCAUUUAAAGUUUCAGUUCAUUAAAGAGGAGCUGGGAUGUUUGGUUCAGGAGCACUACUGAAAAAAUAAGAAUUAGGUCAAGUAAAGAGUGUUUCCAGAUAACAAAGAACAACCAAUGGCAUUUCCAACCAGUCUAAAUUACAAUGGGUGUUACAAUAACAUGACAUUAUCAUAUUAAGGUGCGCCCUGUGUGGGUGAGAUCAGAGGAUGAUAAGAGGAUAAGAGGGCAUUCAUUCAGAUGUGUUUAUGAGUGUGAAAGCCAUGUUAAACACGGAGUUAAGACAUUUAGUAAAAGUGCUGUCAUUUAGUCCAUCUUUAAAGGUUUUGAUUUACUGGUUUGACGUGACUGGUGGAAUUACACCCGACUUGAGCUGAUGAUAAAUGAUGAAUUUAUGUUAGCGCGGAUUACUGCACUCUCAAACGUUACCUAAUGCUGAGUUUUAUGAUACAGACGCUCUCUGUGUGUGCACUGUGGCAUGGAGAAAAGUGAGAGUGGGAUUCCAAGCAUCAGUGGCAUCACAAUAUAUAGUGCACAAGACUAUUUUAGGCAGGGAGACUGACUGACGCGUGUGUGUCAUGAAACCUUCCCUUCUAUUUUGGACAAAUUUAUUUGGAUCGUAUUCAAGAGGAGCUUUAGAAAGGAUGUGUUUAAUAAGCAGAGGCUUGUAAAACAAAAGCAAAAGCGUUAAGUCUUUAGGAAAUAUUUUCUUGGGAAACAGCAAAAAAACAAUUACCCUGCAAGCUUAGGUUAUUUUUACUGGUCCAGUUUGUUUUUCAGCUGAAUGCUCUACAUCAGACCAGAGCAAAAAGAGGAAAAUGAGAAAAGAAGGAACAACCUAAAAUAAUUAAGGUCAGAUUAGUGUGGUCUAAUGUGUAAAUCCACACACAGGUAUGAUAGGCAUGUGCAAUGUUGCAGGCGUGUGGGGAAUGCCUGGCCUGGCUUGUGAAAGGCUGCAGCUGACAGCUGUCACCUCCUGUGUCAGAAACCCACCACAUCUUCCCAGGCUUUCAUCUCCCUGUCUCUCACUCUCACACGCUCAUCCACAUGGCUCUAUCCCCUCUGCUCUCCACCCACUGUUUAUCUCGUUAUGUGGCUCUUUACUCACACUGCUCACGCAUACAGUUUAAUGCAGCUUACCAUCCAUGCAGUCUAUAGGCCAUAUAUGUAAACGGACACACCCAAUCCCCUGUUAUCAGCAGUUUCUGCUAAUCAUACCUGGCAUUUUCCUUUUCUUAUCAACAUGCUGAAGUCCACUGUCACAGUUGAAGUUGUUUCCUCUUCAAUACUACCAAAAGUACAAGUUUCUUAGAUGUGGUCAGGUCUGAGACAACACAAUGCAAACACUAAUGGAGAUGUCUCCUCCUGUAGCCAUAUCAACCUUCUCUCAUGGAGUCAGAGUUGUAGGUGUUUUGGUUUUCUAUAGUCGAUGGAUAAUCCCUCUUUUUCUGUUGUUCGUCUUGGCACACUCACAUUCCUGAUUCAGUUGUAAAUGGACUACAGGGUUAUUAAAAGCCAGCAGACCAUGACACCUCCUCUGCUCAAUAGACACAAAGAAUGUCUCAACUGUGGGAGGUAACUCCAAGAUUAGAACAGAAACAUACAAGAAAAAACAUGAGAUCCAUUCACCAAAAACACAUGUGAGGAAAUUUAACUAUUUUAAUUCACACAUCUCAGUGGUUUCAGGAGUCAGUCAGAUUCAAAAUUCGGGUACAUUUUUGUUCACAAUUGACAUUUCUAUGGACAGGGACAACUUAUUUUCUUACUUUCAGAGAUAGGCUUGUAAUAUGCACUCUGAGAGAUAUCUGAAAUGUACGCGCAUCUCUCAGUGGGACAAACUAAAGGGGCAAAUUAUAUUUUGGGGAUAAACUUAUGACUCACUUGUCUUUGGGGAAGAAGACAAAAAUAUUAGCUGAGAAAGAAACUUUUGAGCACUAAAGCAGAGGAGAGACAACCAGGUUUAGUCAGGUCCAUUAAAAGGAUGAAGCACCUGUGAUUGUUUGUGUUGACUUUGGUGCCCUCUCUGAAUGAAGCAAUUCUUUUGUUGUUUUUUUUCUGCUACUUUUUGUUUCUUGUGUGUCUAUGGUUGAACAAGGAUCCAAAAGCAGCACCCAUAUUUUAAUAGUCUAUAAUUUACCAAAGCGCCCUUUUGUUCAGUUGUUUUGUUCAAACUAAGAAACAUAUUGGGGUUUGUGAGUGUUAAAUUCACUGCAGAACUAUGGGUAAAUGUUUAGUAGGGUUGAUGUAAAAGUGCUGUUCAAAGUCUGUGAAUGACUGAUAUUUACUGUGUUUUCUGUUUUUAGAUGAAACUGUUCAGGAGUUGGCUGGAGAGCUGGUGGAGCUGGGAUUGAUCAGCGAGGUGGGUGUAUAAGGACUCGCAUUGAAGUGUAUGUGUUACUGUAUGUGUGUUAUAGGAAGAAGGAGCAGGAUGAUACUUUCUGUGAGCAUACUAUUUCUGAGUACCGAGCUGUGAGUAUUCUGUUGGAUUAAGAGGUUAGAUUACCCUACUGUAUAUUCCCCAAAAUAAACACACCUCACCCUCUGAGAGCAUUAAGCAGAUUCACUCGUGUUUCUGUGCCCACUCACCUACCCACUUCACUGGUUUAUGUUCCUUUUAUCUCUCUGGAGUUGGUCUCAUGUUGUUAUGAUUCAGUCUGUUUCAUGAAUUCCAUCGAUACUGUGAACAGGUUUAUGAGGAUCAUUUACGAUGUUUGUUUUUCUUUCACAGAUGGACCAAAAUAAAGUAGCUUCUCUACUAGAGGAAUCAUUCAGCCAAGCUCUUCAUUAA